CUCGGCAAGAUCAAGAGUAGUCACGAGACGGUAGAGGAUCGCCGCCUGCGCAAGGACACUGGCGAUCUUGACCCGGCAGAAGAAUACGUCUCUAAGCUAGGGAACAAGCCUCAGCGCAAGGUCGAGGUCGACAACGAGGAGAAGCGACAGCGAAAGCCUGUUGAACCCGCCGAGCCAACUCGAGAGGAGCGUCUCGAGGCCUUGCGACAGGAAUCUGAGGCGCUCAAGGCCGAGCUGCGGGAGGGAGAUCGGCAAACAGCGGCCAAGGCUGCGCCAUCAGCAGCGAGUGACCAUCAACCCAAGACUCAAGGGGCUCUCUACUUGUCCAUGCAACAAGAAAAGUUCAAGCCCAGAGCCAAGCAAAAAAAGUCAGACCGCGAGCGUGAUACCAUGGCUAUGCUCGAGCGCUUCCAGUCCAAACUAUUUGGCGGCGACGAGCCCAGCAGCAAGAAAACCAAAGCAUCAACUCUUCGCUCAGACGAUAAAGAGGAGGCGGCCUUCAUCCUGCGAGAGGAAGAGAAGCUUGGCGAUGACUCGGGCUGGAUGUCACACCGGCUGGAGAAUCAAGUUGAUCACGCACCCAAGGGUAUCGACCCAGAGCUGGACCCAAACACACUUGAUCUCUAUGACCCUCGUAAUCCUUUGAACCAACGACGCCGCGAGAAGGAUCGGAAGGACAAGAAGGACCGCUCGCGCCGCCACCACCAUCGAAGGUGA